GAUCAAUGUAUUCAUUUAAUUCAUUAGAAUUUGUGGCGGCAUAUCUAAUGAAAACAGCGCCAAAUUUAUUUAGACUCAUUUUUUGGUUGUCCAACGUUUUUGGAGGCAGCGUGACAGGUGACUAAUGGCCAGCCCAGUAGAUAACCAUUCACAGACCAGCAUGUGGGUGGACUUGGUCUUGACCAACCUAUGAAAACAUUCACAGUUCACCAGCCUGUUUCAGGGCAGACAUUACAAUGAAGACUGCAAGGGCAGUUUUCAACCUUACCGAGGCCUAAGAAGACAUAGACAUAGACUGCUGAACAUUGGAAAAUAAUACAGUUACGCCUUUGCUAUACAGAGUGCCGUAACUGCAUGCAUGUUAUAGAUUUCUGCUUUACAAUAAUUGAAACGCAACACUCGCUACAAAGAGAUUGAGUUUUGUCUGCAGGACAGAAAUAGCAUUGUUCUUGGAAUCCCAAACUGAUUCACAAGUAUUUUCAUUUUAUGUCUAUGUUUUCAUGUGUUACAAAUUAAAAAUAGAUAUUAUGUCCCUGAAAACUGUAGCCUCUGCACCUGUUGUAUGUCAAGCGGCUAUUUUUCUAUAAAAAGAUUUGUGUCGGAUCUCAGGUUUUGCUAGCAUGCCAGUAACGGACCAGGCCUUUGUCACCCUGGCCACUAACGACGCGUACAGCCAGGGGGCGCUAGUCAUAGGGAAGUGCUUGCGCAGGCAUGGGACAUCCCGGCAGACUGUGGUCAUGGUCACCUCGGACGUUUCCCAGGGUACACGGGCGGCCCUGGCUGAAGUGUUCCAUCAGGUGAAAGACGUGGAAGUACUGGACAGUUCAGACUGGGCACACCUUAACAUGAUGGGCCGUCCUGAGCUAGGCAUCACCCUCACCAAGCUGCACUGCUGGGCCCUCACGGAGUACAUUAAGUGUGUGUUCCUGGAUGCUGACAUGCUUGUACUGUGUAACGUGGACGAGCUCUUUGACCGUGAGGAAUUGUCUGCUGCCCCUGACCCCGGCUGGCCUGACUGCUUCAACUCCGGCAUGUUUACAUUCCGGCCAUCUUUACAGACUCACACCCGGCUUCUGAAGUGGGCCAGGGAGCAUGGCAGUUUUGAUGGUGGAGACCAGGGACUUUUGAAUUCCUUCUUCAGUGGCUGGUCCACAGAAGACAUCAGCAAGCACUUACCAUUCAUUUACAACCUCAGCAUCAGCACUGUCUACAGCUACUUGCCAGCUUUCCAGCAGUAUGGGCCAAAGGCUAAGAUCAUUCACUUCCUGGGUGCACUCAAGCCCUGGCAUUGCAAGUAUGACCAUCAGAAGGGGGAGGUUUACCUGGGAGAUGGGUCCCUGUGUCACCUGCACCUGGGCCCUUUUAUGAAGCAGUGGUGGGUAGAGUACUGCCAGCCAGCAGCACCGUCUUUUACACAGACAGACAUCUGGCAAGAUCUUGAGGCACCCCCUCAAAAGCAGACAGUAAGCGUUGAGGUGACUCACCAAGAGGAUUCGUCUCUGCACACAGAGGCUUCCCCACCCACAGCACCAAAGGAAAUGUUCCAGGGGGCACACCAAGCAGACAGGCCUCCAGGGGAUGAAGGUGUGGCUUCUGAAUGGACACACCCACAGGACCCACCUCCAGUUGAGGAAGGCAGAGCCCUGGGUUCAGGAGUCUUGGGCAGCAGCCAAUCUGAAGAGCUGGUUUUGGAGCUGCCUGCCUCCAUCGGUGAUCUGGCCAUUCACCUGACUCCAGAGGAAGAGGACCUGGAGCACAAACGUCAGUGGGAGGAGGGGCAUGCCGACUACCUGGGAAAGGACGCUUUUGACAACAUCAAGAAAAAACUAGACAAAUUCCUUAAGUAGCUGACUGUAUGGAAAUACAGAACUCAAGCACACACACUGAAAUGAACUGAAAUUUGCUCUCUGGAAAUAUCCUGUGUGUUCGGGAAAAGUGUGGACAUGGAUCCUUCAUAUUUACCCACACACAGCGUAUUUUAUAAUGGCAAAUAUUUUCACUUCAAUUUUACUUAGCUUGUGCUUAUAUCACUGUAACACAAAGAGCAGUAGGAUGGAAUAGCUUUUGUGAACUUUCUGAAACUGAAAAAAUAUUAUCUGAAUAAAAAAAUGAGGACGUCAAACCUCACAGAAAACAUUAUGCAGGCACAGUAAUGGAAGACUUGUUUUGAUAGUAUUACCUUCAUAUAUGAUGUCAGUAAUGUAGAUUUUUCAACCAAGCAACCUAAGAAAGUCUAAUCAAACUCGAUUUCUUUCAAGUUCAAAUAUAGUAGGCCUAACCUGUUUCAUACGUGUCCGAAAUAGCCGAAAUACAGUCCUCAUCUUAAAAAUCAGUUUUAUUAAUGUCGUUUGUGUAACUUUAUGGCACAUCUUAGUUAAAUGGGCAAGUCUUUAUGUACUACCAGUUUUUAGUGUGGUCAUUUUUGUAAGUUUUGGCAACCCAUGUGAACUAAAACACCACACAAUUUCAUUGCAAAGCAGAUAUCCCUUACGGAGAAGACUUACUAAUGUAGUAAACAAGCAACAUGCUGGAAAAAGCCUGAAAAUCACAAUAAAAAAUAAAUAAAUAGAA